AUGCUCAGACGUCACGUGGAUCUCUUUUGACAAGAACCGCCAUGGGUAUUUCAAGGGAUAGCUGGCAUAAGAGGAGAGCAACUGGCGGCAGGAAGAAAACAAUCAGAAAAAAAAGAAAGUUUGAAAUAGGUCGUCCUGCUGCUAAUACAAAGAUUGGAGCCAAGCGUGUGCGUGCAGUAAGAACCAGAGGAGGUAACAAAAAGUUUAGGGCUCUGAGACUCGACAGCGGAAACUUUUCGUGGGGAUCUGAGGGCUCUACUCGUAAGACUAGGAUCUUAGAUGUAGUGUAUAAUGCUAGCAACAAUGAGCUGGUAAGGACAAAGACCCUCGUCAAGAACUGCAUAGUUCAAAUUGAUAGUACUCCUUUUAGACAAUGGUAUGAAUCCUACUAUGUUCUUCCUAUUGGUCGCAAGAAGACAUCACGAAAAGACAAGGACAAAGAGGACAAAGAAGCCAAAGAUCCUGAGAGCGAUGUUUUGACUCAGAAGCGAUCGAAACACGUAAAAAGGAAAAUUGCCAAGAGACGACCUAAUGCUAAAGUAGACCCACACGUUGAGGAACAAUUUUUAACUGGUCGACUAUAUGCUUGUGUGUCAUCAAGGCCAGGUCAGAGUGGCAGAUGUGAUGGGUACAUAUUGGAAGGAAAGGAAUUAGAGUUUUACCUGAAGAAGCUUAAAUCAAAGAAAGGGAAAUAGGAGAAUGACACUUUGUUCCGCUUGCCUUAUAAUGCUCAUUAUUGAUUAUUGUUAUUAUAAAAGAAUUUCCUUGUAAACAAGUUGAUGUAUUAAUGUUAACAUUGUUUGCACAGUUUUAGACAA